CAGAGAGGAGGCGGUCUAGACUGGAGGGAAUCGGGACUGCUAAAAAAGUUCAAGGAACGUCUCCGGAUAGGCUUUAAACUAAAAGAUCAAACAGGGACGUUAACCUGAGGAUUGCAAAGAAGCCCCCCGACAGGAUAAACGCCCUCAGACGCGGCGGGAGGAUGGCGACGGGAGUCACUUCCAGUCGCACGUUUGGACAGGAGGAGUACAGUUUGUACAGCAGCCUGAGUGAGGAGGAACUCAUCCAGAUGGCGGUCGAACAAAGCCUUGAGACACAACCUGCCUCGGUACAGCCUCAAGGUCCGAGGGGCCAGACUCAUCCCAGGAACCGAGCUCAGGCCCAGGUGACGAGCCGUGUGGUUCAGACCGCAGUCGCUCAAGCCUGUCCCAAGAACAGGUGGGUGUCCAGGUCGCCUGUGACUAAUUCUGCUCCGACCGCCAAUCCUCCGAGAACAAAUAGAUUCGACGGGAGGCUGAUUCGACCCCCCAAGCCCGUCGUGGAGCCGGAUCCUGUCGUUGUUGCGAUAAAGAAUGGUGAUGAACAAACCUUGUCAAAUAUGAUUAAAGCUGGGAAAGUGCUUUCUGAGCCAAACUCGGACGGCUGGAUCCCUCUGCACGAAGCAGCUUUCUAUAACAAACCCGGCUGUGUGAAAUUGUUGCUUCGAGCUUAUCCUGGAACUGUAGAUUAUCGGACACUAGCGGAAGAAACUCCUUUAUACUUAGCAACAUGCAAAGAACAUUUGGAGUGCAUGAAAUAUUUACUGGAAGCAAGAGCAGACUGUGACAUCACUAGUAAGGCAAAAGAAACUGCGCUCUACAAAGCCUGUGAACGUAAAAAUGUGGAAGCUGUUAAACUUCUGAUACAAUAUAAUGCUGAUGUGAAUCACCGCUGCAACCGUGGGUGGACUGCUCUUCAUGAGGCUGCGGUACGAAGUGAUCUGGACAUCAUUGAAGCUCUGUGCAUGGCUGGUGCCAAGAUUGAGGCAUCAAAUAUUUAUGGAAUCACUCCACUAUUUGUUGCAGCACAAAGUGGCCAACUGGAAUCUCUGCGUUUUCUCACAAAGUGUGGUGCAAAUAUCAAUACACAGGCCAAUGAUAGUGCCUCAGCAUUGUAUGAAGCCAGCAAGAAUGAGCAUGAAGAUGUUGUGGCUUUUCUUCUUUCACAAAAUGCUGAUGCAAACAAAGGAAGUAAGGACGGUUGGCUGCCCCUUCACAUUGCUGCUGCAAGGGGAAAUAUGGCGAUAGUUCGAAUGUUGAUUCCUGUUACCAGCAAAGUCCGGGUGAGGCGCAGUGGAAUUAGUCCCCUUCACCUUGCUGCUCAACACAAUCGAAAUGAUAUUAUUGAAGAACUGAUUGAAACUGGCUACCCUAUCAGCGCUCUCUUGUCACCAGAAAGAUCACGGCUGUUUGAAGAUAAACGUACUUCAGUUUUGUACUUUGCUGUUUACAACAAUAAUGUAGAAGCCACAGAAAUGUUGCUCAAGGCUGGGGCAAAUCCUAAUGUCGAUCUUAUAAACCCCCUUCUAAUCUCUAUCCGACAGGGCUCCAUUAAAAACAUACAGCUGCUCAUAGACUAUGGAGCUAACAUCAAUGCUUAUAUUCCAACGCAUCCUACAUCCUUCCCAGCGACAAUCAUGUUUUCUAUGAAGUACCUCAGUUUAUUGAAAUUAAUUAUGGACUUUGGUGGUGAUGGAGAGUCAUGUUUUAAAUGUGUGUAUGGAAGUCAUCAACAUCCAGAACAAGAGCAGAGAAGAGAUGAUAUACAAGUGCAGCAUAAAAAGCCCAGACCUGUACAAUUUUGUGAAAUGGUAUCUACACCUGGAAUCUACAGAUGGGCUGGGCCAAUCAUAGAUGUCUUACUUGACUAUGUUGGAAAUGUGAAUCUCUGCAGUAAGCUGAAGGAACAUCUCGACAGUUAUGAUGAAUGGGCAACUAUCAAGAUAAAAUCAGAACCUCCAAGACCUCUUGUCCAUCUUUGCAGAAUUAAAAUUCGAAAGCUUUUGGGACGUCAGAGAUUAAAAUUUAUUGAAAUGUUGCCUCUACCUGGCAGACUGAAAAGUUACUUGGAGUACAACUGUGCAGAUGAAUUGAUGUAAAUUUAACUUUUGAUCGAAACCACUUAGAAACUACGAGAAAAGCAUUUGCACAUUACAGAUUGCAGGAAAGGAGGUCAGUCCAAAUGUGGCAACUGCAAAUGAUUUAUAGUAUACCAAAAGGAAUAUGUUUUGUGCGAUUGCAAGCACUGAAUUAACCAAUGCACAAAUUAAUUGUGGACAGAUUUCAAGUGGCCGAAAUAAAAUGGGUAAGCACCAGAAGGUUGGAAAAUAAGUCAGGGACUUGGGAUUUUAUUAGUUCUGAGAAGAGGAACCAAAAUUAGGUGUACUGAAGAGAAGAAUUUUGGAGAUGCACAGCAUAUUAGUCAACAUCGAAAUGUAUGUGCAUCCUAAUGAGAAGUCCCACUGGACAUUUAAGCUUCUUUCUCCUGUUUCACAAGCUGCCUACCUACUCUGUACUUGCAGCAUUUUGUGUUUUCAACUUAGAUUUCAAGCCUCAUAGCUUUUUAUUUUCAUUACUUACAAUUCAGCAUUUUGACAUGUACAUAAAACUGUAAAGAAUGUACCAAAACGUAACCUGUCGCAUCAACAUGUAAGAUAAAGAUGUUUUAAAUUUUAAACAUUUUUUAAAAUUCCUUUUCCAGAAAGGAAUAGCAAAGACACUGAUUGUUCAGUUUUUAUGCAGCUCAGGCAAAAUUUGUGAAUGAAACUUGCUUCAGUUUGCACCUUGCUCUGAAAACAUAUUCUCACCGUGAUAAAACACAAAGCCAUUUCUAGUCAAAUUGUUGAAAGAAAUUUGACACCUUAUUUAAUUUUUAUGCUUUAUUUAAAAUAGUAAACAUUAAGCUAUAAGAUGCUAACCAGCAGCAAAAUAUUAUUAAAUACCUUGGGUUGCUUGAUUAAUGUUAUUUGUUGCAUGGAACAUCACAGCAGCCGAAGAGAAAUUGUGUUUUCAAUUGCACUGAUAGCACCAUAGUUGUUGCUAUACCUUCAAAAAUAUUCAACUCUAAAGGUUAAGUGCACCAUUAUAGGAUUGAGCCAUAUAGACCAAGCAAAUCCUAAUUGUAUGUCAUGGCGUGUACUGAGUUACCUGAUCUUAUCCAAGACAGCAGUUAAUGCAUAGGAAUAGGCUAUUUAGCCUAUUUCAUUGUUCAGUUAGAUAAUGGGCGAUUUUAUUUUACCUCAACUCAGUUUACGCAUAUCCCAUGGACUACUUAAUGAACAAAAGUUUAUUGAAUGCAGUAUCGAAAAUUUCAAUUGAUCCAACAAGAUUUAUAAUAUCUUUUAUGUAAAAAAAGUACUUCCAGAUUUCACUCCUAAAUGACCUGGCUUUAACUUUAAUAUUAUAGCUUCUUCUCCCAAGCUACCCACCAGAGAAAGUCAUUUCCCUAACUGUGCUCCUGUCAAAUUCCUUUCUAAUUUUAAACACCAAAAAAUACUGAAUAAGACUAAUCAGGUUCUAUUAGAGGUGUGCUGCAUAAGAAUCCUGAAUUUUUCAAUGUCAAUGUUAAUAGCUUUGAGUUUACAAUGCAAUCGAAAGAAUAGAAUUGUCCGAUGCAAUGUAAUUCCUGAAGCUGGUACAAUAUUGCAUCAAAUACCAUAUAUAAAAACUCUGAACUGCAAGCCACCAGGUAGAGAUAAACCAGAAAGACUCUGCAAUCUUGGGUUAGAAAAAUGGGGAAGCAACCCCAUUUUCACUUCUGAUUGUCGUCACUUGUGUCAGAAAGUGAAUGCAUGCCAACAUCAGAGAUCAUGGAAACUGCAGAUGCUGGAGAAUCCAAGAUAACCAAGUGUGGGGCUGGAUGAACACAGCAGGCCAAGCAGCAUCUUAGGAGCACAAAAGCUGACAUUUCGGAAAAGGUCUAGGCCCGGAACGUCAGCUUUUGUGCUCCUAAGAUGCUGCUUGGCAUGCCAACAUCACAUGGUCAGGAUGAAACAAAGCACUCAAAUAUCAUGACACCUCUCACACAUGACUAAAGCUUGUAUGAGUAACAUGUUUAAAAAAAACUUCCAGUAUAUAUAGCAUUGGAGAUGGAACAAAAUUGGGAAAUGAAGUGUCUAAUGCGAAUGAUGGAAACCCUGGUUUAUCUCUACCAGGUGGCUUGCAGUUCAGAGUUUUUAUAUAGGGUAUUUGAUACAAUAUAGUACUAGCUUCAGGAAUUACAUUGCAUUUAUCAGACAAUUCUAUUCUUUCGAUCACACUAUAAACUCAAAGUCUGUUAAUGUUGACAUUGACGAAUUCAGGAUUUUAAUGCAGUACACCUCUCACCAGAACCUGAUCAGUUCAUUUUAUUGGCGACUCAAACCAAGAUUUUCAUCUUCUUCCAUUUCAAAGAUCAAACAGGGUUGGAGUAAGAGCAGAGGAAGUAUGGCACCAUGGUGUGAAUGUUGAGAUUUGCUUUUCUAGUGGUGGAUUUCAUUGACAACCUUCAUCUGGAUGAUUAAUGUCUUAUAUCAUGAUCAGAACAGGAGUGAAAUAAUGAAAUUUUGUUUUUAUGAAAUUACUGAGAGGCCUGCUUAUAUCUCUGUAAUUUCUAGAUAAUCUAUUGAAAUAUUGGCUUGUUUGGAUCAACAUGAUACUGAUUGUAGCAUCCUGCAUUUUUUUUUGAUUGUAUUCAACCCUGAGAUCCACUGAUCAACAGGCAUUACUUCAAAAUAGUGUCUGGAACUGCAAGAAUAUCACUUAACUGUAGUUUUUUGAAGUAUAUUGCAAUGGAAUGUUUCUGUUAACUUUUUGUACUUUAAAUUUAAUUUAACUAUAGGUUUCUUACAGUUAUUCGAAUAAAAAUGUGUAUUUGGA